AUGCAAGAGACAAAAGUCGAGGGGGAUAUCGAGGAAAUAGUCAGGCAAAUAUGGGGUGGUAGAUGUGUGAGGUAUACAAGUUUAGAAGCUAGCUGCACGAGAGGGAGGAUUUUGUUGUUAUGGGAUUGCAGAGUAUGGAAAGGGGAGGUGUUACAGACUGGUGCAUACACUUUGACGUGCAAGUUUGACGCUCUUGUACAGAAUUUUCAAUGUCACAUAACAGGAGUGUACGCUCCAAAUUGUAGAAUAGAAAGGAAAGAAGUGUGGAGAGAAAUUGGUGCAGUGAGGGGAUUGAUGGAAGGUCCUUGGGCGGUUUGUGGCAAUUUUAACGUUACAAGGUACCCUUCUGAAAAACGGGAAUGUUCAAGGAGGUCCAGAGUGAUGGUGGAGUUCUCGGAUUUUAUAGAAGAUAUGGAGUUGAUAGAUCUUCGACUUAAAGGAGGAAACUAUACUUGGUUGAUUUCGGACCAUUCACCUGUGGCUCUAUACUGUGGUGCGUGGGAACAAGCUAAAUCAUACUUUAAGUUUGAAAAUUGGUGGCUGAACGUGGAAGGUUUUGAUGACAGAAUUAGAGAGUGGUGGGGAUCUUUUGAAUUCUCAGGAAGACCUGAUUACAUUUUAGCUUGCAAGUUAAAAGCUCUCAAGGGCAAGCUAAAAGGAUGGAGCAGAAGUUACGAAGGCAAUUUGGGACUGCAAAAAUCAAAAUUGCUAAGUAAACUAGCAGAUUUUGAGACAACACAACAACAAAGAGCGUUGACAGAGGAGGAAUCAGUGAGGAAAGCAGCUACUCUAAUGGAGAUUGAGGAGCAACUCAAGAAUGAAGAAAUUGCAUGGAGACAAAAAUCAAGAGCUCUGUGGCUCAAAGAAGGGGAUAGGAAUACAAAAUUUUUCCAUCGGACUGCAAAUGCACGCAAGAGAAACAACAACAUUGACUAA